AUGCACCACCCGGAUCCAGAAAUGAAGCAGAUGAGAGUCUUCCAAGAUGCCCUGCGGCAUCUGCUAAGGGACAAGGGGAUGGUUCCCCUGGACUGUAUCACAGAGACUUUCCUUACAUCUGCCAAGGCCAUAGCAUUGGCGGCCUUCCAGUCAGAACCGCUGUUUCUCUGGUACGACUAUUUCUCGGUUCCGCAGGAUCGCGACAGUCACGACCAGGCCAAGGCCAUUCAGAGCAUCCCAGCGUAUGUCGCUGCGUGCUCCUUCUUCUUCGCCCUCGUCCCCUACAUCGAGGAUCAGCCGCUAUCGCCGCUGAGUUGGUCUCACCGGGGCUGGUGCAGGCUGGAAAGAGUCGUCCGAGAAAUCUCUGCGGACCACACCUGGAUCUUGAUCAAAAGCAGCACUUCACUGGAGGUGGUGGGCACUGCGGCAUCCUUUCCUAUCGGACAGGUGGGCGAAGGGGACUUCACGGUCCCUACAGAUGCCGAGAGGCUGGGGCCGGUGAUCAGAGGCGUGGUCUUCCACAAGCUGCGGUCCUGCUUGAAGGCACGGGAUUUCCCUGGCUACCGCCGGCACCUCAACCUCCAGUCCGUCUACUUCAAGAAUUUGCCGGUGGAGCCAUUGCAGGACUUCGUUCCGGGCUUUGAUGAUUUGGAGCUGGGUUCCAGUGCAGCUUCCCCGAGGGAAUUGGCGGUUGCCAGGUUCAUGCACCAGAACGGCUUCCGCUCCGUGCGCGAGGUCGACAGCGCAGGGUGGACACCGAUACACUAUGCUGCGCUGAGUGGCAAUGCAGAGCUCGUGGUCGGCCUGCUGCAACAGAGAGCAGCGUUGGACCGGCGAACCUCCAAGGGCGAGCCGAAGCUCGGGGUCCCGCCCUUGGUCUCCGCGCUUGAGCUGGCGCUGGCCUACAGGCAGCACGAUUCGACCCGCGCGCUGAUUGAGGCCCGUGCGCAGCUCAGAGGUGCCCUCUACCCUGCGAUGCAGAUCGCGGCUUUGGCGGACAACCCCGAGGGGAUUCGCAUGCUCUGUGCUGCCGGCGCAGACCCGGUCGGCCGAAACCUCUUUGGCUUUACUGCUUUGGACUCGGCCUUCAUUCUUGCAGGUGUGGCAGCGCGGGAGGAGCUUCUGAGGCAGAUGGACUUCGAAGCCUCUCUUCUCUCUUGUGUGUUGCUCACUGCCAUGCUGUAUCGGGGAGGCACCGCCGAGGCCGUGCAGCGGCUCGCGGGACUUCGUGCUGACAUCGACUUCCAGUUUAGUGCCCCUGCAGUUUCUCCCUUCGGCGCAGUGCUCGCGAUCAUGUCUCUCCAGCACAGACUGGGAAGAGUCACCGCACAGACGGAGCAGUUCUACCACUACCGCGGCAUGACUCCGCUCAUGGCAGCUGUUUUCUCGUCGCAGCACGAAGGAGCUGCUGCUCUGAUUGCAGCUGGAGCCAAGCUGGAACUCAGAAACUGCCGGGGCUUCAGCGCCGCGGACUUCGCGAAGAGGAGGUCUCUGCCAGACUUUCUGGAGCAGGGAUUACUGGGUGACCGCCUCGCAUGCCAAAGGGUGACCACAUUGGCACUCGCCACCGGCACGGGCGGCAUAGUUCAAUGCACGGUCUGA